AUGGCUGACGACAGGGGCCCGGAGAGUAACAACAAAACCGAUGUGGUAGCCGUAGAGGCUGGUUUAGUGAAAGAAAGUAGUCCUGCUGAUAAUUGUAGCCUGUAUCAGACGGAAAGCAACAACAACACUGUGACCCAGACUUGCGGUCCUGUUGGCGGUUUCAUUGGAACAACUCCUUCAGGCUGGGCUGAUUUUACCAACCAAAUGAAUUACUUGCAGAAUCUUUCAAAGCCCGUCAAGCAGAGGAUCAAAGCCCUAAAAAAGCUGCAGUUUGAAACGUCCAAGAUCGAAGCUGAUUUCUACCGGGAACUGCAUCAGAUCGAAUGCAACUUUGCGCAGAGAUAUUCUAAAUUCUAUGAGUUACGAAGAGACAUUGUGAACGGUAUGCUAGAGCCGACUGACGAAGAAUGCGACUGGCCUCACGACGAGUUACUCAAUGAAGAUCCCAACCCGGGUCAGGGAAACCUCGAGGCUUUAACCGCUGUAGCUAAUAACCAGACACCUGUCGCACCAAAUAGCCUUACACCACCCGACAAGAAAGAAAGUGAUGUAGACGAUAAGGCAAACAAGCCUCCUCCGCCUCCUCCUACUCCUAUAGAUGAAAGUCAGAUCAGGGGAAUACCGUUCUUUUGGCUGACUGUCAUAAAAAAUGUAGACAUGUUGGCCGAAAUGACCCAUGAACAAGAUGAACCAAUCCUUAAGCAUCUGACGGACAUUCGUUGUACAUUGAAAGAUAACGACCCGUCUAUUUUCACCCUGGAAUUUGUAUUUGAAGAGAACGAGUAUUUUAACAACGCCGUGCUGACUAAAGAAUAUACGUUGAAAACAGAGCCCGACCGAGAGGAGGCCUUCUCGUAUGAAGGCCCCGAAAUUGUGCGCUGCAAGGGUUGCACGAUUGACUGGAAAGCUGGUAAAAAUGUGACGGUCAGGACCACGCGAAAAAAAAUGAAGCACAAGGGUAGCGGCAAGACGAUGGUGGUCACGAAGACGGAAGAGGCUGAUUCUUUUUUCAAUUUCUUCAACCCUCCGCCACAACCUGAUGAUGGUACCGAAAUGGACGAAUGCUCCGAGGAUAUUUUGACUGCAGAUUUUGAAAUCGGUCACUUUAUUCGCGAAAGGAUUAUUCCCCGGGCUGUACUGUACUUCACCGGGGAGGCGGCAGAUGAGAGUUAUGAUCGAGACGACGAACAGCCUGAGGAAGAAGAGGACGACGAUGAAUAUGAUGAUGAUGACGACGAUGAGGAUGAUGAUGAUCAGGAUUACGAUCCUUCGGACCCGAGGAAUAAACAGGAUUGUAAAACACAAUAG